CCAACAUGUGAUUCCUGGAAUUCAAUGACUAUUUUUUCUCCAGAAGUUCGUCUAAAAACUCCACUUAAUCUCAUUCAUGAUACUGUUAAAACAACGUUCUGCCUUAAUACGUCCUAUAUCUUAAAGUCUGAAGUCUUUUUAUUGUAAAUAGCGUUGAUUUAAGAUGGGUGUCCCGAAGUUUUAUCGAUGGGUAAGCGAGAGGUAUCCAUGUUUGAGUCAAGUGGUACAAGAACAUCAGAUACCAGAAUUCGACAACCUUUAUCUCGAUAUGAAUGGUAUAAUCCAUCCUUGCUCGCAUCCCAAUGACGACGACCCUCAUUUUAGGAUUACAGAAGAACAGAUUUUCAGAAACAUUUUUCACUAUAUUGAAGUUUUAUUUCAAAUUAUCAAACCAAAGAAGGUAUUCUUCAUGGCAGUGGAUGGUGUAGCCCCAAGGGCAAAGAUGAAUCAACAACGAGGAAGACGGUUCAGAUCUGCUAAGGAAGCAGAAGACAAUAUUCGUAGAGCUUUGGAGAAAGGACAAAUUCUACCAAAAGAAGAAAGAUUUGACUCUAACUGCAUUACUCCUGGUACUGUAUUUAUGGCAAGGCUUCAUGAACAGUUGAAAUACUUUGUGGCUGAGAAGAUGUCCAAYGACCCUGCUUGGCAUGGACUCAAAGUAUACCUCUCAGGACAUCAGACCCCAGGAGAAGGAGAACAUAAAAUCAUGGAGUUUAUUCGAACAGAAAGAUCUAAACCAGAUUACGACCCUAACACUAGGCAUUGUCUGUAUGGUUUGGAUGCAGACUUGAUGAUGUUGGGUCUAUCAUCUCAUGAGCCUCAUUUUUCUCUCCUGCGUGAGGAAGUACGAUUUGGAAARACUUCUAAAAGAAUAGAGAAGCCAGAGAAYAUUACAUUUCAUUUACUUCACUUGUCCUUGUUUAGAGAGUAUUUAGACUGGGAAUUUAGCUCACUGAAGAGUUCCUUGACAUUUCCCUUUGAUUUAGAAAGAUUAAUAGAUGAUUGGAUCCUCAUGGGGUUUCUUGUSGGUAAUGAUUUCAUUCCUCAUCUUCCACAUCUACACAUAAACCAUAAUGCUCUUCCAAUGCUAUAUAAUGUAUAUAUGGAAGUCAUGCCGACACUAGAUGGUUAUUUACAUGAAGGAGGGAAUCUGUGCUUGGGUAGAUUUGAAAAAUAUCUAACAGCAUUAUCAAAGUUGGAUCGAGAAAAAUUUGAUGAGAUAUUUGUUGACAUGAAGUGGUUUGAGGCCAAGACGAAACAUGGCUUUGACAAAAAACCUGGGAAAUCAAAAGCCAAGGCUAACCAGGAUCAGGGUUUUGCAUCUGAUAACCCUUUUUCAGCCCUUGAUACUCUCUCAGAUCAAUUGGACAAAACUAAUCUAGAGUCAAAAGACCAGUUGAGCCCAGAACUAGCCAAACUGGCUGCUACGAUGGAYGACGAAGAAGACAAGGAAGGCGAGGAUGUUUUUGAGAUAGAGUUUGCUAUGCAUAAGAAACAAUAUUACAGAGAAAAGUUUGAAAUUGAAGACAUAAACAGCGAUGGACUAUCACGUAUAGUGUGGGAAUACGUCAGAGGAAUACAGUGGAUUCUACAUUACUAUUUCAAUGGAGUACAAUCUUGGGGCUGGUAUUAUCCUUAUCACUAUGCACCAUUCUUAUCAGACUUGAAAUUCUUUUCUGAUCAUAAACUUGAUUAUGAAAUGGGCAAACCAUUCCUGCCGUUUGARCAACUACUGGCUGUUUUGCCUGCGGCAAGCAAACAACUCCUCCCUYUGCCAUUACAGAACCUGAUGAUCAUGGAAGAGUCGCCCAUCAUAGACUUCUAUCCUCUAAACUUCAAAACUGAUCUGAAUGGUAAACAACAGGAAUGGGAAGCUGUGGUUCUUAUUCCCUUUAUCAAUGAGAAAAUGUUGCUGGAUGCAAUCAAACCACUCUACCCACGGUUAACUAAGGAAGAACGUCAGCGCAAUACUCAUGGUCCAUAUCAUAUAUAUACCUAUGACAUAGACUUGUGUUACACAUAUAACUCGUCCCUUCCUGGGGUGUUCCCUGAUAUUCAACUCUGUCAUACCAAAUGUGAAGAUUUUGACAGAGAAACUCUUGUCUCAUCACCUAUGGAUCUAAAGAAAGGGCUGUUGGAAGAUGUCAGACUUGAUGUAUAUUUUCCUGGUUUUCCAACUCUUCAUCACAUUCCUCACACAGCAAAGCUAAGGAAAGCAAAUGUGAAAGUUUUCCAAAUGCAUUCGCGAUGGGAGAGCAUGAUAUUGAAGCUAAAAUCCCUGUCUGAUAAGGUAACAAUAAGAGUUGCAGAAGAUCUGCUUGAUGAGGUUUGCUUUGUUGGAUGGCCUCACAUAGUUGAAGCAAAGGUCUUGUCAGUCUCUGAUAACACCUUUAGAUAUGUGCUUUCACGGGAUAGCCCCAAAACUGAUGAUGGUAAGAAGAAUAUUGAGCAGAAUGUCAUGACAGAUGAAGGGUUAGCAAUAUGGAACAAGCAGGUCUCUUGCUAUGUACAAUUUCAGUUGGAAAGAAGAGGUAUUGAAGUUGGUGAGGUUAAUGUUUUAGUUGAAGCAUGUCCCAUCCAAGGAAGAAGGUUUGUUUGUGGUUCCAAGGGUCAAGUAACGCUAGAAAAAGAAUGGUCGCAAGUGCCAAAGCAAUAUGCACURCAUGCUGUUGCCAAGGACAUAUUUGUUCAUGAGUCUGUCACUAAAAGCAGCAUCCAGACUAUCGAGCAGCUCUUUCCCAUUGGCUCCCAGUGCUUCAUGCUAGCCUCUCCUCACUACGGAGCACAGGGGGAGGUACUUGAGGUAGAUGUCAAUCAAGGUCGGGUACGGGUACAGCUGAAGGUACCCAUGGAACCCAACAUCACCCCAGUUAUGAUGCAAAGACAGCAAUUCUCAGAAAAAUACAUCCCAGCUCACAUCCUGGCCCAGAAACUCGGGAUUUCAAACUCGUUACUUGGAAAGAUGACAGCCAAGUUUCUUAUUGAGAGAGGAUCUAGAGAAAAGAGCAAGGGACAAGGUCAAGCCAAGUURGACAUCGGGUUGAACCUCAAGCACAGCAAACACAACAAAGAGCUUAUUGGAUAUACCAAGAGGACAGAUCAAGGUAGUUGGCUAUUCUCUCCAGCAGCACAUAAGAUMAUCGCUGACUACAUACUACAAUUUCCUCGUCUUUUUGAGGCGAUCGGCUCUCUUGAAUCACAGUGCGAUAGGUUCUACGAAAGUGAUUUACUGAAAAUGGACAUCAGCGAAGAAACGUUACAAGAAGUACAAACAUGGAAGAAAAGUCUUCCUCUUGCUAAACAAGAGCCAUUGCCAUGUGGAGGUGAUAUACUAGAUGAUCCAGUCCUGGAAGAGAUCGAGAAGAUUGUYCAGGAAACCAAGAAAACAUCUCAAACGAAGGCAGUGAAAGUGCGUGUCCGGCCGUACUUGCUCUUUAGGCCKUCAGAUUAUCUCGGGAAUACUUUACCAGACAGUGAUGCAGAGUUUCAGCUGUUUGAUCGAGUCAUCAAUGUCAARCUGAACUCUGCUGUACCGUUCGGCUUGAGAGGUACAAUCGUUGGCUUCCACACGGGAGAGGAUGGUGAUGAGAUGGUAGAGGUCCUGUAUGACGAGUCUUUUGUUGGGCAUCAACCAAUCAGACGUAGUGUUAAUAGUGUCUACAUGGUUCGUCCAUCAUCAUUCAUUGACCUGAGUUACGGUGAACGAAGAGAAGCCAAGAAGAGAGGACAAGCAGUUCCACCACCACGACCUUUGAAUAAGACUUUCUCGGCAGCACUUGCAGGACAUGAUGGCAGCCCUCAGAGGAAUGGUCGGGUUAAUGGAGGGUCCCCGAGAACAAACCGAAACGGCUCAACUAAUGUUAAAGACUCUUCUCUUAGUAAGUCAGUCAACGCCAAGACAAGAAGUUCGGGUCAUGAUAGUGGGAACCCUGUGGUUUCAGUAAUACGUAUCGCAACGCCUCCAAAUAGACAAGUAACCACAACAGCUGGUAGUGCAGACAAGACGAAAGGAAGAAACACUGAGCGUGAGUUACCUCCAAGAUUUCUGAAAGCAAAGCAGGAUAAAGUUCAAACACCACAAGCAAAUUCAGUCAAUACCAGUGAAUUUGCAAACAUGUGGAAAGAACUCCAAAUGAAAGAGAACAGUCCACCCAGUAAUGAUGAUGUGAGAACAGAACCGCAGGAUGACCAAAGCGAGCUAUCUAAUGUACGUACAGUAUCAUCAAUAGAGGCGGAGACAGGAAUGAACCAAAACAAGGUGGCUACGGAGUCGAGAGAUAAGGAGGACUCGACUGAUGAAGCUAAAUCAAAACCAUCCAAUUCACUGGCUCAGGAAAGUACUCAAGCCCUUUGUCAGCUCCUGCAUAUUGGUCAGCAGUCCUCCCCUUCAAAAGACUUAUUCAAAAUUCAAGGUGCUCCACCCUUACCUCAGCCUCCACAGCCUCACAUGCAAGUACCAAGCYCCACCUUAAAUCAAAGUCGCAUGCCUUCUCAAGACCUGGCAAAUUAUUGUGCUUCACUUGGUCUUCCACUCCCUGCCUACCACUACAGUAAAGGAGAUAUGGGUAUUAUUGCAGUUGUGGAACUGGCAAAUGGAUUGAAGAUUCCUGGGUCUCAGUGUCGAGACCGGGUUGAAGCAGCAGAGAGUGCUUCAGCUGUUGCUAUGCUACAGAUGAAUCGAAUCAACUCUUCAUUUCCACUGCCAUCUGGUUCUUCCAUGAUUAGGUUCCCUGUGCUCAGAAUGCACUACCAAGGAAUGCCAGUCCCUCACAACCUAAUGAACUUGCCGCCACAUCAAAUGGCWCGACACCAAGUACCUCACCAGUUUAUCCAGUUAGGUCCAGAAUUGGGAUUCCCUCAAGGAAGACAUAUGGGUCCAUUUGUCAAUCCCACGGGACCGGGAAUGGUUCGGCAUCCGGUACAGGGGAUGAUGUCCGGUAUGUCCUAUGGUCCGUAUGCCGUAGGGGGUAAAGCUGAUGGGCCAAAUAGGACAUUUAUUCCAAUGCAGGUGACUCGUCGAAACCUAUCUUCUAAACCGGACACACCAACUAAACCAGCAGCCAAUGACGCAACAGAAGACGACCAGUCACRUGACACACCGUCAAAGACUGGCACUAGCGAGCCAGAACACAAUAACGUCCCUUUACAAGCAAGCCCUCAAGGUGUUCUGAUACCUCCAUCAAGCUUUACUGACUAUAAAUCGAUGAAAGACCAAACAAAAGACUUGUCAUUGCAAGAUGGAGUAUUAGGGGCCAACAAGGGACCUUCUAGUCCCAAACCAAUGAAUCUGUCUGAGUCCCCCAAUAUAAAGGACCAGCAGAUAAAUCAAGGAAGUGAUGUUUCAAAGGACAUCAAACAUGAAGGUUCUUCACAGAAACCAAGAUCUAGUAACUCACGGAAAAGCCAAAAACCUAAACUAAUGGCGCCUAAUUUCUACAACAAGUAAAGAAAUUCUCCCCGCGGAAUUUUUCUUAUUUAUUGAAAUAUUUGAGUGAAAAAAAAUCAUCAGUGGUAUUUUAACUUUUUGUAGUUAACGCAGCUCUGUAUUUCGUGUCGAACGAUUGGGGGGGAGUGGGGAGCAGAAUGUCAGGACCUCUCCAUCAUCUUAAAGGACAUUUUAGCAAAAUAUUUUACGGACGGCAUGCAGAAUGAUGUCACGCAUGUUGUUUUAGUAUCUACUUGUUUUUGCUCUGCUCGUCUCUUCUCCUCUCUUCUCCUCUCUUUUGAUAAACUCUGACUUCAUAGUUAUUUUGUAUGAACCUCCAAUUUUCACGAAGAUCAGCGCGUUCUGUUCAAUGUAGACAAGUAUAUUUUAUUCUUAUAUUUUUAAUUAUAAUCGAACUUUGUUUUAUUAUUUGCUGUUUUAAUCCCGUUUAAAUAAAUCGCAUCAUACAUUUGAUUAUAUGCAUCAA